GGCCGCGUUCGUGAUCAUGUGCCGACUGCUGGCGCUGUUUCUGUUGCUGUUACUGUUGCUGUUCCACUCCGCUGUGGCACUCUUCGAGGAGUGCAAUCACCAGGUGACGCUGUCAAUGGGCCAGAAGCUGCUCAUCAACUCUCCCUAUUAUCCUGGCCUGUAUCCGGUCGGCACUUCCUGCCGCUACUCGGUGGAGGCUCCCAGGGAUCAGGUGCUGCAAUUCAAGUGCGAACUGCAACUGCAAACGCUGUCCACGGACCUCCAGUGUCGAACGGAGGCGUUUCAUUUCAAUUCCGAGGGUGAUGAGGUGUUAACAAGUUCCGAAUACUUUUGUGGCAGCGGAAAAUUCGAGCGCAAAAGUUUUCUCAAUCGUGCCGUGAUUUCCUACAUUUCUCACGGAACGGCCAAGCCCCCGCCAGCCGUGAAGCUAAAGGAUAAGCUUCCGGUGCCAGCAACAACAACAACCACUACAGAGUCGCCGCAAGCUGAGGAGGAGGAAGAGGAGGGGGCGGAGGAGGAGGAGGAGGAUGAGGAUGAGGACCUUGGCAACGAGGUGUUGAACGUACUGCAGGAUGUAGGCGUCAGCGAUGCCCUGGCCUACAUGGCCUCCUUGCUCUACGACGAACCCGAGUCCAACAACGAUGCUCGCCACACGCCGGCCACAGUUUACCUCCGCCUCUUGCCAAAUCGCACCUCAAAGACUUCCGCAAAACGUGCCAAGAUUGUGUCAAGUUAUUCGCCCCCCUUGGCCGGUGGCCUCGGUGGCGGGCGUUUCUCCUGCCUCGUGGAGGCCCUUGUGCCCACGUGCAACUGCGGCUGGAGUCGUUCGCCCAGGAUAGCCAGUCCCACCAACGAGGAGGCCGUCCUGCACGAGUUUCCCCCGAUGGCUGGCGUGCUGACGAAGAAGCAGGGAAAGGUCUUUUGCGGAGCAGCAAUCAUUCAUCAUCGCUACUUGCUGUCGGCGGCCCAUUGCUUUCUUGGCCCAGAGACGGGCAGCGCUGCCCUGCUGCGCGUGGUGGUGGGCGAGCACGAUCUGUCCAGCAUCUACGAGACGUUCUUCACCCGCCGCUACGACCUGGAGACCCUCAUCCUGCACGAGCAGUUCAGCCAGGCCAACGGGCAGCUGAGGAACGAUAUAGCUCUGCUGCGGACCCGUCUGCCCAUUGCCUGGAGCCAGAAUGUGGGACCGGCCUGUCUGCCGCUGCAGCCGGUGGCGGGCGGCAAAAAGCUGCCGUUACCGGGCAACAAGGUCAUCGCCGCCGGCUGGGGCACCACCUCAUACGGCGGGCCCCAGACCCAUCGCCUGCUGAAGACCACCCUGGACGUGAUCAGCGGCCAGCAGUGCCGGGAGACUCUCACCUCGUCCGGGGUCCCGCCGCACACUUUCUGCACGUAUACGCCCGGGCGCGACACGUGCCAGUACGACUCGGGCGGGGCUCUGUACGAGCGGAUCAAUGGCCGCCUGAUGGCCGUCGGAAUUGUGAGCUUCGGCCAUGCCUGCGCCACUAACCAGCCAUCGGUCAACACGCGAGUGGCCUCCUACAUCAAGUGGAUAAGGUCGAAGAGUCCCGAGGUGGCCUAUUGUACGAGUAGGGGAUAAGGCUAAAGGAGAUCGGAUCGGAAAUAAACGCCCCUUCGGCUAGAAACCCAUGAAAGACUGAGCACAGAACCCACUGCCCCGCCCCGCUCGACUCUUGCCCUGUUUUUGUUCUGUCGUGCCGCGUUAACCCCUAAGUGGGUGUCAAGUUUGUCGCUUUGCCUGAACGCGUUCGUCGCGCUCGACGCCAGCAUCGCCAUUCAUCUAUCAAUGAUGCAUGGCAAUCGGAACGCUCCACUGGAGCUCUAUGCCACCUGGCUGGGGCAGGCAAUGCAAUUAAGAGCAAAUGUCAACUAAUUAACGGUGUGGGGGUUUAUGGCAGCAUCCCCCCACCCGGCCCAGUACUGUCAAUACAAACUCUUUUCAGGAGCUUCCUUUCAGAUAAAUAAUUAAACGAUUCGCAUAACAGAUGAAGCCCGCUUUUAGGCUUAAAGGCAACGCGAAUCGUCUGCCAGCUAGCCUGGCUAGCCUGCCGGAUGUCUAUGUCUAUGUGGUUUGGGGCAUCUUUUUAUUCCAUUUUUAGAAGAGGAGCGAGUCGCUCUCUGUUUGCCGUUGCACUUUUUCAAUGCUGCUCGCCUGCGUUUUCCCCUUUUUGUUUUGGAAUGUAUUGACUGUUGUUGCUCCUCUGUGUGUUUGCUUUUGUAGUUUUGGUCCGCGGUGCACGGUGCACGGUGCAUGUCUGUGUCUGGGCCUGGAAUGCCUUGUAAGCCUGUUGUUCAAUUCACGUGAAACGCGAGCAGAACAAGCCAACGUCAACUGCAGUCUGCGGGCGGCAUCAAGUGUUGCACGGGUCAUGGGGGAGGCUGGUGGCACUAAUUGAAAAGCAGCAGCCACUAACAGCAGGCGGGCGGAAGCAAGUACAGAUACAGUGAAAUUUUUGAAUUCAGUAAAAGCUCUUUGCCCCAAAGACGAACUUUCGAAGAUCUGAAGUUUCCAUAGAAAAAUCCACUGCACCGGUUAUCCACUGUAAUAAGAAAACGAAUGCGAAAACCCUUCUGCAUUUCCAUCCUUUUUUUUGGGUUUUUUGCACAGCAAUUUCCUUUGCAUUUGAUUACAAAAAUGGCGGCUCCUGUUGCAGUCGUAAUGCACGCCUAAACAUUUGCGUUUAGUUCUCGUUUUGGGGCAGCUGCAACUGCAGCAUCCGCCUAGACUUUGACCAUUCAUU